AUGCAGCCCGAGGAGGGGCCUGGCGGCGCCGCCCUGGGGGAAGUUGAUGAGGAGGCUGGAGUGAAAGGAAGAUUAGGCAGACUCCUGGGCACCGUGCAGCAGAACCAAGACCGAAAGCACAGAACAUGUGUUCAUGUUCUUACAGUCACUGAGCUAGGAGAAGAUUGGGAAGAUCCUGUUAAUGAAGGCAGGGAGAGAGAGUGGUUCAAAGUAGAAGAUGCAAUCCAAGUUCUCCAGUGUCAUAAACCUGUGCGUGCAGAAUAUCUGGAAAAACCGAAGCUGGGUGGUUCCCCAACCAAAGCAAAUACCACAGUCCCGUCCCUUUCAGAUAAUACCCCUUGUUUGUAA